ACCAGAGGCUAAAACGUCAAAGACUCAGCAUGCUAUGGGGAUGAGAAGAUGAAAAGUGUUGUUCCUGUUGACCACAAUCAUGUCCAGUUCGACCCCACAAGUAGAACAUGCGGUGCAAAUCAAUGUUAUCCCUUGCCGCAUUGAUGGCUUUCUUCUUCCCGAGAGUUUUGGGGCAAGAAAUCCCUCUGUGGAGACACCGGUUCCCGGACGCAGACUACGGUACAAACUUGUAUCGAGCUACAAAUGCCACAGAAAAAGGUGGAUGGGCUACCCAUAUCUACUCACAGCUUCAAGCAUUCUCACCAAACGAUGACUUUUUCCUGUUGAUUGAAAAUGGCAACUACGUUGUCCGGCGUCUCGCAGACCAUGAACUCGUCUUCUUCGGAGACGAGUGGAAUGCCCCUCGCUGGUAUCCUCGUCGGAAUGCAUCCAUCAUCCACUAUGAUUCCAAUGCCGAUACAGCUGUUCGAGUUCUUCUAACAGAUGUUGAAACUACAGAGAUCACCACCUGGUUCAACUUCCCAACACAGUAUGAAACUGUGCUCAACAAUCCUUCUUUUGAUGAAGUUUCAAUGGACGCCAGAUGGAUUGCAGGGGCCGUUCUACAAAAUGACGGUACCACCGUGAUAUUUUCCUUGGAUCUGGUCAACAACGCGCUUGCGGUGGAACUUGGUGUGGAAAGCUAUCUCUAUCAGAGUGGAGUGUGCCAACGAGACCCCAUCUAUGGAGUGAUUCACCCUGACUGGAUUGGUGUCUCGCCCCUGGGCAACUAUUUGAUGGUCCAAUGGCCGAGGGACGGGACCACGCGCUGCAGUGGCCUGGAAAGCUACAACAUUUCAAGUGGAGAAUACCUAGGACACGCCUACGAAGGCCAUCAGCAUGGUGACCUAGGUGUCAGUGACGAUGGAUUGGAGUUUUUCAUGACAACCACAUUCGCGUCUCCAGAAGACAACAAUCUACCCGGUCUUGUGAUACACACAUUGCCAGGCUUGAUCAGUGCAGAGGAGUCCGUUCCGUUCGUAUUCCUUCGGACCAUCCCGUGGGGAGAUGGCUGGCACAUCAGCUGUCGAGGGCCGCCGGGCAUUUGCGCGGUUUCAACAUCAGAGACGAUCGACGACAGCUACCACAAAGAAGUUUACCUGCAAUUCAUCAACGGGACAACAAUACAUCUCGCAAAGCAUCAGUCAAGUGAGUGCGGCUACUGGGUGCAGCCCAGAGCAUCAAUCUCUCGCGAUGGAGAGUAUGUCGUCUUUGCUUCUGACUGGGCCGCAGAAACUGCCGUGAACAGCUGCCCUGGUUCCAGCGGAUAUGGCGAUGGAGAAGCUUUCAUCAUCGAGACCAAUCUCUCGGCCAGCCUCAUGGAGCUUCCAUCAAUUGACGACCUCAUUGUGCCGGGAGACGGGCCUGGUCUUGCUUCUCUGGAAUCGAUCCCCAUCGAGGCCAAAGCGAACAAUAGCGCCGUCGUCGCGGCAACGGGCGAUGGAGCCAUACGAUUCCAGGCCAGCUUUGACAGCCUGGAAUCCAUCUUGUCCUUGGGAGCAGUGACGAAUCUCAAUGAGCUGGACUUUGUAACGGGGCGUGAAGGUGAUGCUAACUGUGCGCGCUUCCAGGGGUCGUCCAGUGUCAGCUUUCCGAUUGUCACGACUAGUGCUGAUGGCACCCGCCAUCAUAAUAUUGACUUGAACCAGGGGUCUCUCUCAUUCUGGUACAAACCAAGCUACGCAUCAGGGGAGGAUGAUGUUACGCAUUGUUUGCUGCUGGUAGGGGCAAUGUAUGACCCGCCUUCCAUGGCAAUAGCGGAGGCUGAUGCACUAAAACUGAGAUUCACAGAUGCCAACUGGGAAUCAGUUUCUGUUCAGGGGGCCUGGAGGGCCCCUCUUUGGUCUUCUAAUGAAUGGGUCCUCAUCGAGGCCCUUUGGGAUACUUCAGAGACACCCGGCACAACCAACUUGGCCAUCUUUGUGAAUGGAGCACAAAUAGCGGAUGUCACAGGUGCUGCCGAAUUGAACCUGGGCCCAGUGGAAGAUCUUGGAUUCAUCCGAGUGGGCGCCUGCGAUGAGGCAGGCACUUUCUCCGCCAAUGGGCUGAUCCAAAACUUGAUGAUUCGCUCAAGAUAGCAUUAGCAUUAGCAUGGCGUGCCAAGUGGCCGGUACCGGUACCGAUAGCAACUGCCGAAAGAACUACUUGUAUGCUCUUUGCUAAAAACGUACAAACAUGUCAUUGGUUUGUGAAGUACCAGUACACUACAAUUACAAAAGUAUGCCAUCAUCAUCUAG